GUCUCAACCGAAUUAUCACUGAAACAAAAAAAUAUGAAUGAAAACCAAUAUGAUCUAAAGGUGAUGAAAGACAAUGAAUAAUAUUGGUAUGAGACUUCGAAACUGAAGUACUGAGGCUAGCAUGUUGGUGUGAUGAGAUAAUUCCGACAUCCAAACUGUCGGGGUAGGUGGACUCUGAAUGACUAUUCAAAUUUAUACUCAAGUGAUAAGAUAAUUCCGUCUGAAAACAACAAAGAAUGUUAAUUAUUAAUGGAGUUUUAUUUUUCAUGGGAGAGACAGUAUCCCGGAACCGAAGAAGUAGGAUGAGGUAGAGGAUGGACAAUAAUACUAUAUGUUUCUGUAGUUAUUACACGACUCUUAUAUACGUGUGAAUCUUUGUUAGAGGGAGUAUUCAAGGCUAGCUAAGCUGCUGCAAACUUUCUUGCCACGGCCAGAAAUUGUCAUGGGUUUCAACUCUCUCUUGUCAUGUCUACUUCACAAUCCAUCAGUCCUUUCACAUUUAUUUCGAAUAAUACAAUGAUCCAUCCACCACAAAAGCGACAAUUUAUAACUAUUAAUCUACAUAUAUUUCAUAAGAGUUGGAAAACGAGAAGAAAAAAUGAACAACAGUUCCUGUCAAUUUACGUGCACAUAUUCCAUGUUUCCACAACGACAACAAUAAUAAAUGUAACAUGAUAGGAAACUUGUAAUGGUGUAGGAUUAAAUGUUCAAAGGUGUGUGACAUUUCAAUUAAGAUGGCACCAUUUUUCUAUGUAUAUGAUGAGGUAUAGGUGGGUGGCUAGUAGCUAGGGGCACACAAAUGCACUUAUUGCAUGCACCCCAUCAAUUUUGGUGACAAUGACACAUGUGGGUAUCAAUUUUGGGUACCUGAAUUUUGUACAUUUUUUGUGUUGUAAUUAAUCAGAAGUAAGAAUUAUUAUUACAAGUGUUUUGGCUGGCUUAGCUUGUGUUACAUUGAUCUCUCUUGGGGCUGUGGAGGAAAUAUGUGCAGAACAUGUACGCCAUUAGUUAUCUGUCUGGUUCAUAUACUGAUCGUAUGAUCGUGUUGCUAUAAUAUACUAGAUAUAGCUCAACUGAUUAUGAGUAGAAAAGAAAUUAUAGUGAUAUAGAGAAGAAUCAUGUGUGAGUGCAAAUCGUAUUGUGGGAUUCUUCUUUAUUGGAGGAUUAGGGACCGACGAAGUUAAAAUUUAGUGUGAUUAGGGGUUGAAACAAAUUAAAACCCAGGAUCUCAUAAUAUCUUUUACUGUUGCUUCAUUUUUUUGUUACUAUUCAUCGUCCUGAUAUUUCAUUUUUUAACCUAGAGGACAUGCAGCCGACAAUCGACUAGAUCGAUCAGCCGACCAUAGUAACUAGCAAAAAUCCAAACUUUUUUUUUUUUGGAAGUGAUGAUAUGAUAGCUUGACCUUUCUCUCUAUCUACAUCUACCGACAUUCAGAUAUAUUGAAGCUUUACUGUUUGAGAACAGUGGACAUUUUAUGGCCUCUCAAAUUUCUCAAGAUAGAGAUCAUGUGGUGAUAAUUAGCUAGGCAUCAUAUCAUAAUCAGGGUCUGUUUAGUUGUUGGGGGAACUAUAAUUAAGCUUCUGGUCUUAGAGCUAAUUAAUCUCUUGAUGAUGACGACGUAGGUAGUAUUGAUUAUGGGAUGGCAGCCGACAAGCUGUGCAAAUAAUUGUGUGAUUGAGAUUGAAAACUUGUUGAAUGUGUUCAACCACAGUCGUUUAAUUAGGGUUUAGGAGUAUAGCUCGACCGACGAUCCUACUGUUUCAAGUAAUGACAAUGAGCCAAACCACAUAUUGAAGUUGUAUAUCAUUUCAAACUAAAUUGAAGUAAUGUGAUAAAGAGAGACGUCGAAAAAGUUACUACGAUGCAACAAAACCACAUAUAUGUUAAUAGGUCAAACAACUCAUUCUAAAUAAAUGUUACAACGCUAUUUUCACCGAGCUAUAAAACCAAAAAAAAAACAGUUGACAAUUUGACAUGGACACUUUGAGAAUCAAAACCCAAUUUCUCAUUUUGGUUGGAUAUAUAUAUUUUGUUUGAUGUUUCGUGAGGACACAAGUUAUUGUAUUUAUUUUAUUUUAUUUAGAUAGCAACAAAUGAAUUAGAUAUACCUAAUGGCUACAUAUAUAUAUGUACACAAUUAUGAAACAGGAGACUAGUACUAUGUACUCUUAUGAUCUAGGCGACGAAACCAAAUCUUCCUCACAAAAAAAAUAAUAAGUUAAUUAAUUAAUUGGGGUUGCAGGUAAAGCCAAUGGCCAGCUAGGGUGCUAAACAGCUCACAAUGUCCCAAUAAGAAUCAACAUUAUCAAUCAAAUAAAUAACAUAAUAUAAAAUAUAAAAUAAAACCUAGAUUAUUAUGUAGUAACAUUAACAAUCUCGAUUUUAUAUGUAUUGUCAGAGAUUGUCACAUAUUUUUGCAGAAUAAUAAUAAUAAACCCUAUUGUACUUAAUCAAAUACUAAUAGAGUUUUUAUUCAAUAACUUGUCCGUGCACUACUAAUCAAUAUAAUUGUGCAUAUUAUUUUUCUUUUCUUUUCGGUACGUUGAAUGUGGAUUUUAUUUUCAUAAAAAUGUAUCGAUAAGUUUCAAUUUUUUAUUCGGAAUAUAUUUCAAAAUAAAUUGUUGAAUGGUUGUGGGUAAUGAUACCGUCAUCAAAUGAUUAUGAAGGGGAUUGGAGAUCGUAAUAAUAAUAAUUAUUAGUUCUAACUUUUAACUAUUAAUUAUUUGAUCAAACUGUCCAAUUGUGGAUCUUAAUUGGACACCGAUAAACAAAUGCAAGAGUUAAUUAGUGACGGGAUAAGCAAAGUAUACAAAAUUGUUUUGGUUCUUCGGCCGUAUUGAGCCAAGAAUCGCCGGAAACGACAACGCGUUUUAAUUCUUUUGGUAUAAUAUUUUAGUUUACGAAAAUGAGAUUUUGACACUUGGUUGACCAAAAAGUCUAUGAAAGUGAAAGCAAUUAUUUUUUUAAAUGGGUUGCUUAAUUAGUUGAAAAGUCUUAAACUCAUAUCCUAACUUGCAUAUGUAGGCGUUAUUUGGUGCUACUCCUAUCCUUGCAAAUUGUAGUUAUUAAUGAAACGCAAUUAAAAAAAAUUUAAGGUUAAAUCAAAAUGUCCUACUAUGAUGUUAUUCCCAAGUGUGUUAAGAUUUACUAAUGAUACAGUUCGUCGUGCAUGAGGCGGACUGAAUGUGAUGGAAACCAUUAUGAGUUAGAUCACAGCUUAUCUACGAAACAAGUAACGAUCCUCUACACUUUACGUACUCUGCUUGUUGUAGUAGUAGUUUCAGGCAACUAGAUCCUCAACGGAAUAUGGUACCAUAACGAGUACCACAUACACGACAACUCGAUUUAGUUACAAGAUUCGACUAUAAAUAUUAGUCGAUCGAGCUCCAUCCUAUUGAAAUUCAAUUUAGUAUUCUCUUUCAUUUCUUGCGAAACUAACCUAUAGAAAGAUCGACAAUUGACAAACAUUGUUAUCUUCUCCUCGACAUGUUCCUAACUUCUGAAAACAGCCCAAUAUUGAAGAGUUGUGGAUCACCAUUGAUGAAUAUGUGAAGGACACGACAGGAUCCAUCACAAAAUCUGGUUCAGGAAAAAAAGAAGAGGAUUAAAAUACGAAAAAACAAAGCUGCUGAAGAAGGAUGAAAGUAGGGAUGGCAAAAAUAUCCGUAACCGUGCAUAUCCAUCCGAAUCCGACCUAAUCGGGUAGGGUAAAACCCGAACCCGAAGCAUUUUUCGUGGGUACGGGUAAAACCCGAACCCGAAUAUUGCGGGUAAUGAGUGGGCAUGGUUAUCUCACUAUCCAACCCAAACCCGCCCGAUUAUACACAUGCAUAUGUAUUUUGUCUAGAAAUACUCAUUAUUUUCCUUAGAAUAUUUUAUAUUUAGCAUAUAAAUAUAAUAUUUUCAUGAAAUUAUGUUGUUUUAAUUAAUUUUCGUCAUUCUAGUGAAUUAUUGUCGUACUUUUCCUCUUACGUAAUGUGAAUAUACGUGUGAAUGUUAACAUAUUGGUUGGAAUUAUAAGGAUAAAUUAUUACCCAUGGAUAACCGUGGAUACCCGAAACCCGAACGGGUAUGGGCAUGGUUUUGAUUUUCUACCCGUUUCUCGUGUGGGUACGGGUAUGGGUAAAACCCGAACUACAUUGAGUAGGGUAACGGAUAAGCACUAUCCGUCCCCGACCCAACUCAUUGCCAUCCCUAAAUUUGAUAAGGUGUUAUACGUUAAUCUGUAUGUGAUGACUUUAUCAAAUAUGGUUGGUAAUUGGUAUAGCAUUAAUUUGUUGAAUUUAUCAUUAAAAUUCAUAUUUGAUUCAAACCAUUAUAUUAUAUCAUAGGUUUGUUCACCUAAUAAUAUGAGGUUUUCGUUUAAUCCACACUCCAAACCCCCCGAUUUAAUCAAUGGUUUUCGUUUAAGUGUGCGGAAACGACAAGCCGUUUCUUUCUUUUAAACAAGAACAAGAAAAGAUUCGAGAAGAAAGAGCUGUGACGAACACAAUUGGCCGCGACGCGUAACUUUAUACUUCCCCCCUCGUUUGUUUAUAAAUACUUUUCUUUUUGUUUUUUAAAUUUGCUCUUCGUGGAUAUCAAUUUUGCCAGCACAGCAACAGCCCUUUUAUAAAUUUCAUCAUCACUUUCCCUUUCCCGUUUUGUUCCUUCCUCUGCUCUCUCACCCACUCAGCCCACUCUCUGCCUGCAACCAUGAGAGAGUAAAUUUUCCCGGAAACCGAACACUCCCCAUUUCCGAUCAAUCCUUCCUUCACCGCCCCGAGCAAUAAAAAUGGUGUCUUUCGAUGAUUCCCUCUCCCACCACCAACACCACCUCCACUCCACCUCCGGCCGCUUCCCUCUCCCUCCUCGCACGGAUUUCUACUCCUCCCUCCGCUCCCCUUCCGCCUCCACCACCAAGAUCAACCGCCAAAUCGGCCGCUCCAUGCGCACGAUUCGGUCCACCCUCUACUCCGGCGACAGCUGCUCCUCCUUCGCUUCCGCCGCCGCCUCGCCGGAUCGCUCGGGGUUUGUCUCCGAGAAUCUGACCGACUCCGUCGUCGAUAUGCGCCUAGGGGAGCUCGCCGCCAGGAACUUCCUCAACUGCUCUGGCAAGUCGGAGAAGUCGUCGGCGGCGUCGGGGGCGGGGUUGUCUUCAGCUGAGGUGGAGGAAUUUCUGGAUAUCUCUCAGGCUUUCAGCGAUUUUUCAGGGUGUAGCAGUGAUAUCUCCGGCGAAUUGCAGCGGCUGGCGAAUUUGCCUUCUCCCAGGCACGAAUCCGAAGGAGGAGGAGGAGGAGGAGGAGGGGGAGAGGUUCAGCCGGAGCCGGAGCCGUGCCUAGGGUUUCUGCAGAGGGAGAGCUUCUCGACGGAGAUAAUCGAGAGCAUUUCGCCGGAGGAUCUCCAGCCGACAGUCAAGAUCUGCGUGGACGGCCUGGAAUCUUCGUCCGUGGCGGUGAAGCGGUCCGCGGCGGCGAAGCUGCGUCUCCUGGCGAAGAAUCGGUCGGACAAUCGAGCACUAAUUGGUGAAUCCGGCGCGAUUCCGGCUUUAAUUCCUCUUCUCCGGUGCAGCGAUCCGUGGACUCAGGAGAACGCCGUCACAGCUCUGUUGAAUCUCUCCCUACACGAAGGUAACAAGGACCUCAUUACGAACGCCGGGGCUAUCAAAUCCUUGGUCUACGUGUUGAAAACGGGGACGGAGACCUCAAAACAGAACGCAGCUUGUGCAUUGCUAAGCCUCGCAUUGGUAGAAGACAACAAAACCUCGAUCGGAGCUUGCGGCGCAAUUCCUCCCCUGGUUGCUCUCCUGAUCAAUGGAUCCACCAGAGGAAAGAAGGAUGCUUUGACGACUCUGUACAAGCUCUGCUCCAUCAAUCAGAACAAGGAGAGAGCAGUGAGCGCUGGAGCUGUGAAGCCACUGACAAUGAUGGUGGUGGAGCAAAGUUCCGGAAUGGCAGAGAAGGCGAUGGUGAUACUGAAUAGCCUUGCUGGGAUAGAAGAAGGCAGGGAAGCUAUAGUCGAGGAAGGAGGGAUUGCUGCCCUCGUGGAAGCCAUUGAAGAUGGUUCUCCUAAAGGGAAGGAGUUUGCUGUGCUGACACUGCUCCAAUUGUGCACUGCUUGCUCGACGAAUCGCGGGUUGCUUGUGAGGGAAGGCGGCAUUCCCCCUCUUGUUGCAUUGUCACAGACUGGGACUGUAAGAGCCAAGCAUAAGGCGGAGACACUGCUUGUGUACUUGAGAGAAUCAAGAAAUGAGGCUUCAUCUUCAAGUCCUUAGAAAGAAAUAGAGAUGGUGGUAAAUUUUUUUUGUCUCCCCCCAACUAUUUUUAGAGAAGGUAUGACUAGCUAGUCUUGUGGUCGAGGGUGGGUUGGUUUUGUUGGAUAUGUACAUAGGAGUAGUGCCUUUUUCGUUCUUGUUAUGUACAGUGUGCUUUCAUAAGUUUGAAUUCUCUAUGAAGUGAGAAGUUAGGGAGGGAAGGGAGGCUUUAGAGUUGAGCAAAGAAGCUGACUUUUGUGAAAUGUACGACUUUCGAAAACUAGGGUUCUUGAAAAAGGGGGGAUUUGGUUCCUAAUUUCCCAUGGUAUUCUGCAGGAUGAAUACUCUGUGGGUCUGUACUGUAUGUGUGUUGUUCUUGUAAAUCUAGGGAUUUGGGUUAGGCCUUCCUUAUGUUUUGAUUUGGAUGGUGACCCAAAUUUCUGUUCUUUGAAGGGUAUGUGUUCCCUCUGUGUAAAAGUAUAAUCAGGGUUUAGAGAUCAUAUAUGUAUAUUGCCUGUAUUAGGCAGUUUAGCUUGGAGCUGUAUGAUGGUGGAAAUGGUUUUCACUCAAGAGUAAUGACAUAUCUUAGUUCUUCUUGCUUGAGACUGCUUCACAUUGUGCGAAUAACUAGUGAGGAGUAUGAUCCUUGGACCUAACCGGUAUAACGACCGGAUCAGAAAGAACAGAUGAUGAUCAGAUCACAACAUGUUCUGCAAAUUUUGUGUUUGAUUCGAUAUCUUGCAGUGCCUUCUGCACUGCCGCCAUGGUCUCUGUUCUGUUGUGUGUUGUUUCUGAUGAUCAACUCUUUCUCCUGCCAAAGCGUAAGACAGAAGGCAAGGCUGGAGGAACAAACAAAAGGUUCUCUGGUCAUAUUUCUCAGUUUCCUGACCUGCCGCCAACUGGAAGGCCAAGGAUUAUCGAUUACUUUAAUGGCUGAGGGGAAAGCUAUGAUUAUUAAAGUAAAGGAAAGUAAUACAAAAAGGGUUGUUUUCUUCUGGGUUUGGUGUUUGAGCCUGACCUGAAGGUUGGCUUGUGGACUGUAGUGCCUUUUACUUUCUUUGUUUAUGGAUGUUUUUAUUAUAUGUGACUAAUAUUAUCUUAAACAUAAUUGCCAUUCCCAACAUGAUAAUAUCCUUUUUCCUCCUUUGAAUGGGAUUUGGCUUCUUCCUCAUUCUCCCUCUGCUUUUGAAAGGUGUAUUAAAGUCUAAAACCAUAA